GCCUCAUCUCGAUGAUAUCGAUUUGAGCUUGUCUAAGCAGAACGUUGUAAGUGCAGAGAUUUCCUUGACUGUCUACAUUCGUUCUGUCGUAAUAUUCACCUGAUCUGAAACGCUUUGCGACAAUCUGAUUGCGCUCCAUCAUGGAAGACGACGAGGGCUUCGAGGUAGAGGUCGAGGAGAAUGAUGAGCUGCAGAAAUACUUGGGCACGACAUCAUUCGGCAAAGCCACACAUGAGACGAACGCGAAGAGACAGAUCGAUCAGAGCAGGCGACAAGUGGAAGCGUCGGCGACAAAUACAGACAGCUCAAAACAGCCCAAGGAAAGCACAGAGGGCAGUGAUCAGGGCGAGGAGAAUAACAGCGACAGCGACAGUGACGACGAUGACGAUGACGACGAUGAUGAUGAGUUUCCUGUCUCCCACGAGAUGAUCAUCAAGACUCACGAGCGAGCCAUCACGGCCAUAACUUUGGAUCCAUCUGGUGCAAGACUCAUCACUGGAUCAAUGGACUGCACUCUGAAACUUCACGACUUUGCUUCGCUGACGCCGACAACCAUUCGCGCCUUCAAAUCAGUCGAUCCCUCUGCCGCCAAACAUUCUGCCAGCGUCGAAACGCAUCCUGUCAACCAAGCCUUGUUCAAUCCGCUCAAUGCCAGCCACGUCCUGGUCGCGACCGGUCUCCCACGAGCAAAGGUCAUAUCACGCGAUGGAGACACAGUCGUGGAGUUUGUCAAGGGUGACAUGUACUUGCGUGACAUGCACAACACCAAAGGGCACGUAUCCGAAGUCACAACAGGGACAUGGCACCCAACCGAGCGAAAUCUAUGUGUCACAGCUGGAACCGACAGUACACUACGAAUUUGGGACAUCAACAAUCCAAGAUCACAGAAAGAGGUCAUCGUACACAAGUCCAAAGCGGCAGGUGCCGCUGGAAGAUCACGAAUGUCUACGGUGGCGUGGGGCUCACCGCUUCAAGGCGGGCACAAUAUCCUAGUAUCAACUGCAUUCGACGGGAGUCUAAUAAUGUGGAGCGGAGACGGUCCAUUCACAAGACCAGCCGCGGAGAUCAAAGAUGCACAUACUCCAGGCACGUGGACUGGAGGGCUGGAUAUCAGCAACGACGGCCGACUAAUCGUGACACGCGGCGGUGACGACAUCAUCAAACUAUGGGAUACCCGCAACUUCAAAAAGCCAGUCACAACCACGUCUCACCUGUCGACAUCAUCCCAAUACCCUACAAGCGGUAUUCGCUUCUCGCCAAACUCGGCCAACAUCAUUACCGGUUCAAUUACUGGUCAUCUACACAUUUUCAACCCUGCCCUGAAACCCGAGCUCGUAACGCCCGUCACGCCAGGGUCAGCACUGAUCACGGCGUUGUGGCACCCGACGCUCAAUCAGAUCAUUACUGGAUCUGCAAAUUCUGAGGUACACGUCCUGUACAACCCUCAGACUUCAACCGCCGGCGCCAAAACCGUGAUGUCCCGAGCUCCCAAACGACGCCACAUCGACGACGAUCCCUCCCUGACCAUGGACAUGUCGCAGGGCCUCUCUAGCGAUGCAAUCAUCGUGCCCGGCGCAGGUGCCGGAGCCAACAGUGCGUCGGUGCGACAUCCCACCAUCGGAUUGACGGCCUCAGGUCGUAGUCGAGAUCCGCGCCGACCGCAUGUCCCAGCCACGACGCCUUUCGCCAAGACGAAUCCUGAUGCCGAAUAUGUCAAGACCCAGAUUCCUUUGUCUUCGCUCCGUGACGAAGAUCCGCGAGCGGCGCUGCUGGCGUACGCUGACAAGGCGAAGAAUGAUCCGCUAUUCACACGAGCUUGGGAGAAGACGCAGCCCAAGACCAUUUAUGCGGAUGUCAGUGAUGACGAAGGCGAGGAAGACGGCCCUGAGAAGAAGCGUGCGAAACAGGGGUGAAGCGAUCAACUAUUGACGUUCAAAGUUCAUGGUCGGAAGCCCUCCGUACCUCAUAUCAUAUUUCGUAGGUAAGUUGAAUAAUCAUUGCGGUGCAGAUUUUGUCGCCGCACAAUGCAUGUGUUAUGUAGGUCCCGUCCGCCCAACGCCGACGCUGUCCCCGAAAGAAAAACAUAAAUUCUCCUGACUU